AUGGAAACAUAUAAUAGAGAGGAACUCUGCUUUCCGCAACUUAACAACUCUUGCAGAAAGUUACUGCAGGAUCAGGCUAAGAACACUUUGCUUAACCUUUUUUUCUAUUGUAUUUCUUUUCUGACAGUAUCACUCAAUCUGCUGGUUAUCAUCUCCAUCUCCCACUUCAGGAAGCUGCACACCUCUACCAACCUCUUCCUCCUCUCUCUGGCUGUUUCAGAUUUUCUUGUUGGACUUCUACUCAUGCCGUUUGAAAUCAUUCAAACAGAAGGAUGCUGGAGACUUGGAAGCUUCAUGUGUGCAUUCUUUAUGUAUACCUCCUUUAUCAUUACAUCUGUGUCAGUAGGAAACAUAGUUCUUAUAUCAGCAGACCGAUAUAUGGCAAUCUGUGAUCCUUUAUGUUAUCCCACUAAAGUAACAGUGGGAAGAGUUCAAAUCUGUAUUUGUCUGUGUUGGGGGUGGUCUGUGUUCUAUAAUAUUCUGGUACUAAGGGAUAGCAUAAAAAAUCCAGACAAGUAUAACUCAUGUUAUGGAGAAUGCGUGAUUUUAGUUGAUGUUUUAACUGGAGUCUUUGAUGUUAUAUUGACCUUUCUUGGCCCAAUAACUGUCAUCAUUGUUCUAUAUAUGAGAGUUUUCAUUGUUGCCGUGUCUCAGGCUCGGUCUAUGAGGUCUCAUGUUGCGGCUGUCACUAUAAAAGGUGUAGUUUGUAAAACUGCAAAGAAGUCUGAGAGAAAAGCAGCUACAGCCCUUGGUGUGGUUGUGAUUGUGUUUCUCAUAUGCUUUUGUCCAUACUAUUACCCCGCUUUUGCAGGCCAGACAGUUGAUGCUCAACUUUUAGCAUUUUUCAUCUGGUUACUUUACUUUAACUCCUGUAUAAAUCCCAUUAUCUAUGCUUUUUUCUACACCUGGUUUAGAAAAUCAGUUAAACUGAUUAUAACUUUUCAGAUAUUAAGACCUAAUUCUUGUGACGCCAACAUAUAA